AUGCUCUCUCACGCAAUCUGUCAUGCGCUCUCUCACGGGCUCUCCCGCAUUCCGUCGCACUCCCUCUCGCGCACUCUCUCGCGCAUUCUCUCUCACGCGCUCUCUCAUGCACACUCUCUCGCACACUCUCACGCGCACUCUCACACACUCUUUGAUGCAAUCUUUCACGCGCUCCCUCACGCGCUCUCUCACGCGCUGUCUCACGCGCUCGCGCUCUCUCACUCUCACUCUCACGCGCACUCUCACGCGCACUCUCACGCGCACUCUCACGCGCUCUCUCACGCGCUCUCUCACGCGCUCUCUCACGCACUCUCUCACUCGCUCUCGCACGCGCUCUCGCAUGCGCACUCUCACGCGCACUCUCACGCGCUUCGGUGCACACGCUCUCCCUCGCGCUCCCCUUCUUCAAACAAAAGUGCAAUGCAAGAGGAGACGAAUUGA